AUGCUUCCUGAACUUGGUCCUGGACACAGGUACUACAAAAUAGUCAUGAAAAUACUCGAAAAUGAUACGCUUGUCAAUUGCCAACGUGAAGGAUUAUAUAAUUUAGCUGUAAUCCUUGGUGCAAAGGAAAAUGUCGAAGUAUUAUACAAAAAUGCACUUAAAAUCGCUCUUAAAUUCGUAAAUAAUCCAGAUGAACAAAUAGUUCAUCACGCAGCUUGGUGUUUAUUUGGAAUUGCUGCAUCAUCUGCCGAAAGUAGACAAUACUGUAUGGAAAAUGAUAUAAUUCGUAUAUCUUUAGAACUAAUGAAGCAUCCAAAUGAAAAAAUCCAAGAUUUAGCUGGCCAAAUCAUUUAUGGAAUGUUCCAUAUGUUACCACUCCCAACAAUUAAAGAAACAGAACCAUUAUUUGCCCAUUGCAGCGAUAUUCUACAGACACAAGUAGUUCCAUUAAAAUAUUUACUUUGGAGUCUUCAUUUUGUCAUUGACCAGUAUCCAAACAAGGUUGUUGAAUACAAUCUCGCGCCAGCUUUUAUACCGCAUUUAAAAACAAAUGAUUCUACAAUUUUGAUUCCUCUUCUCAUAGUUGUAUCCUCUUUAUUUAAGCUUGAUAUCGAGAUUGGUGACAACAUUACAGAUUUCUUCCCAAUACUUGAUCAUUCAGAGCUCAGCGUUCGAAUUCAAGCUUGCAGAACUCUUGCAGACUUUAUAAGGAAAACACAAGAUAUAGAUACAUUAUUAUCGAAUGGAUUGCUUGAGCGCCUCAUGAAAUCAGCAGUUAACGAAGAAACAAGGGUAAGAGAACAAGCUGUUUACGCAAUUGUCAGAUGCUUCGGUUUAGGAACUCUUGAACAAAGACAAAGCGUUUCUAAACUUGGAGGAACAGAUGCUGUUGUUAAAUUCACUGUUAUUGCUAAUUAUCCUUUCAAUUGUAAUUUGGUCGAUUGUUUAUCUACACUAAUUGAUAGUGAUUUCCAGUUCUUUGCUCCAGUAUUGAGAGAUAUAAACGCUGUGAAUACUUUAUAUCCUCUUCUAUCAAGUAAAGAACCUAUUGUUGCAAGUCGUGCUGCAAAUCUCAUCGGAUACAUUGGUGAUUCAUAUAAUAAGAAUAUUUAA